AAGGAAGCACAAUAUCUCACCGCCAUCCGCGAACUUAUAUCAAAAGACCUUUCCGAGCCAUACAGUAUUUAUGUCUAUCGCUAUUUUCUCUACCAAUGGGCAGAUCUCUGUUACAUGGUGAGCGUGGUAGUCUGCAAAUUGGAACCUCAUCGCGAUGGUCCAAUGCGUGGAUACAUCGCUAUGUUGGCAGUCAGAAAGGAGCACAGAGGAAGGGGUAUUGCAUCAAAACUAGUGCGGAUGGCCAUGGACGGCAUGAUAGCCAAGGAUGCAGAUGAGAUCGCACUCGAGACUGAGAUUGACAACAUACCCUCUCUCAAACUCUACGAACGUCUAGGAUUCCUAAGGACGAAACGCCUACAUCGCUACUAUCUAAACGGCAACAGUGCAUACAGGAUGGUGCUUUACCUCAAAGAGGGAGUCGCCUUGAAGCAAACACAGAUGCCUUACGACCCGCUAUAC